GCGGAGGCGAAGCCAGCAAAGGCCGAGGCGGCGACGAUGAGGGUGGAGUAGAGCAUUGUUGAUGACGCAGAGAGUAUCAAUGCCUGGGUAGCGUAAUGUCAGCGGGAGAUGAUUGGGCGGCGAGUUGUGGUGGAGAGGCGAGAGAGAGAUGGAGGAAGAGGAGGAUUAGGUGCAAUUGGGGGCGCAAUGGAGAUGAUAUAUGUUCCGGCGCGCUUGCACUUGGGCAGGGUUGGGGGAACUUACAGCGAGAUUUUAUGCUGGGGUGGUACGAGUGAGGGAGAGGGCGGGUGGUUGCUGGGGAGGGCAAAGAUAUAGGCUGGGAAGCACGCCGCUAGGAAAACAACGCCAGGUCGGCGCUUUGCUCAAGGAAGCUAGGCUAUACGGAAAUUCAAGAUACGCUCAGACACGUUGGAGAUGCUCAGCUGGGCAUCUUCAUAAUCCUGCCCGGCAGGAAAUUGGGCAAUUUAUCUUCUACGCCUUUGCUCUGCUUCUGCCGGCGCUCAUGCCUUGCUUCAGAAGGUGCUGGCGUCGACUGCUUUGCUGCGCCGAGACUUGUUUCAGCAACGCCGUCUCCAAACCCGCCACGCGUCGGAUUCACACACACACACACCGGCAUAGCAUCUUGGAACCCCACACUCUGCGCAGCACCGCCUCUCGAGCAGCCGUGCCGCCUGACGGACUUCUUAUGGUCCAGUGCCGUCGAGCCAACUUCAGCGAGGGCGAGCUUGCCAUGCGCGCGUCCGCGUGGUUGGCUGAGCAUUCCAGUCGAUCCUCCAGCCAAGUCGCGUCGGGCGCGCGCGAAUAGCCUCCACUUGGACACUGGGAAGAGGACGACUCAUAUUAUUUC